AUGCCAUCCGCCAGCCACCCCCCCCAGACCCCCGCGCCGCCGAUCUGGUGGUCCAAUCUGAUCUUCUUUGUCUCGGUGCAUGUGGCCGGGAUAUGUGGGGCGGCAUGGGUGUCGCCGCUGGCCCGGAUCAGCACGCCGACGGUCGUCCUGACGCUCCUGUCCUGGCAGCUGGCCACCUUCGGGAUCACGAUCGGCUACCACCGGCUAUGGUCCCACAGGGCCUUCAAGGCCUCCCCCCCGCUCCGCUGGCUCCUGGCCUUCCUGGGCUGUCUCGGCUUCCAGGGGUCCAUCAAGUGGUGGGUGCUCAGACACCGCCUCCACCAUCGUUGGACCGACUCCGAAUUCGACCCCUAUAACUCCAAGAAAGGCCUCUUCUUCUCCCACAUGGGCUGGAUCUUCAGGAAACCCAAGUACGAGAAACUCAAGCUCAUCGACCAGUCUGACCUCAACCAAGACCCCGUGGUCAGGUUCCAACACAAGUAUUACGUGCCGAUGAGUCUAUUUAUGGGCUUCGUGCUGCCGUAUAUCCUGGGCGAAUGGGUGCUGAAGAGCAACAGACACUCGCGGCUGGACGGGCUGAUCUGGGCCGGCUUCGUCGCCCGGAUCCUGAUCUGGCACUUCACCUUCCUCAUCAACUCGUUUGCCCAUUACUACGGCGAGCGCGCCUUCGACCUCGAUAUCUCCGCCCGCUCCAACUUCCUCCUCGCCCUCUUCACCGGCGGCGAGGCGAAUCACAAUUAUCAUCAUGUGUUUCCUAAGGAUUAUCGGAACGGGCCCGACAGUCUGGACUGGGACCCCUCAAAAUGGAUAAUCUAUCUGUUGCACCGGUACACGAGUCUGGUUCCGAAGAUCAACUACACGGACUCGCGGGAGGUGGAAGAAGUGCGCCAGCGGGUGCUGAAGCUGACAUCGUCGCGGCGGCGGGACGGGCGGGCGAGCAAGUUCGAGGACAUCCACCAGAUCAGACGCAGCGGGUUCGGGGGACGCGACGAGAUGCUGGCCCAGCUGGCCGCCUACCAUGCCCGGCUCGUCCGUCGAGCGCCCUCCGCGGAGCCCGGCCAGCCCUGCCCCAGCAGACCCUCCCUGCUCAGGAUCCUCGUCAUCGACAACUACCUCGUCGACGUCACCCAGUACUUCGCCGCCGCCGCCCAUCCCGGCGGCAACCGGAUCCUCGAGCGCUUCCUGCUCGACCUCGUCGCCUGGGCUAAGAUGAAGGCCCUCCGGAUCGCUAGGCUCGUCAACUGA